CGGAUCACAGAAAGGGACUUGAGAUGCUACAUUUUUUUAAGGCGAACUAGCAUUUCUGUUCUAUACCUCUUUUUUACGUUUUUUGUCAACAUGUAACUAUAAUGUAUUUGUAGAUGUUUUGUUUUUUGUUUUUUCCCCCGCUGUAAUAUUUUUAAUAUGUUACUUUUAAGCGGUUUAUAGGCGAAACCAAGUAAAUGAUGUGGCUUUCACUAGCUUAUUAGCCAGGGGAAAGUUAGCAAAGUAGUGGGUGGCUGAACUUUUAGCUAACUGUGUCAUAAAGCUUUUCCUCUCUGGGCGUUUCAUCGAAGAUUUAAAUGACAUUAUAUCCUUAAUCAACUCAGUUAGAAAGCAGGGGAUCUCCAUCUCUUUAUUUCCGGUCAGAAUCAGGAAUCUAUAGAAACCAGGUCAGAAUAAGGUUUGCUGUCAUGUCAGAGGCAGAGGAGAAAGCUGAUCCCGGUACUGAUGCGAAGGCAGAGUUCACAGCAGGAAAUCAGUCCCCGGGUACAACGCAGGCACAAGGCGGGACACCUGCAGCUGGGUCAGCGAAGCCUGCUGCCGCAUCAGCGACCGAGGAUGAGGAUGAGAGCGAAGAUGAGUGUGAGAUCCUGGAGGAGAGUCCAUGUGGCCGCUGGCAGAAACGUCGAGAAGAGGUCAAUCAGCGUAACGUCCCCGGGAUAGACGCUGCAUAUUUAGCGAUGGACACAGAGGAGGGAGUGGAAGUAGUCUGGAAUGAAGUCAUGAUUUCAGAAAGGAAAAACUUCAAACCUCUAGAGGAGAAAGUCAAGGCUGUAUUUGAUAACCUUAUUCAUUUGGAACAUGCCAAUAUUGUCAAGUUUCACAAGUAUUGGGCUGAUACUAAGGACAACAGAGCAAGGGUGAUUUUUAUCACUGAAUAUAUGUCAUCUGGAAGCUUGAAGCAGUUUCUUAAGAAAACAAAGAAGAAUCACAAAAGUAUGAAUGAAAAGGCGUGGAAGAGAUGGUGCACGCAGAUCCUGUCUGCGCUCAGUUAUCUCCACUCGUGUGAUCCACCGAUUAUUCAUGGGAACCUUACCUGUGACACAGUCUUCAUUCAGCACAACGGGCUCAUUAAGAUUGGAUCAGUUGCUCCAGACACCAUUAACAACCACGUGAAGACGUUCCACGAAGAGCAGAAGAACUUGCACUUUCUUGCCCCUGAAUAUGGAGCUGAUAACGACGUGACCACGGCUGUAGACAUCUACUCAUUUGGCAUGUGUGCAUUAGAGAUGGCGCUUUUGGAAAUUCAAAGAAAUGGAGACUCCUCCUACAUUUCUCAGGAAGCCAUCGACAAUGCUAUACAGUUACUGGAAGACCCGCUCCAGAGGGAGUUAAUCCAAAAGUGCCUUUCGUGUGAUCCCAGUAUAAGGCCUACAGCCCGGGAGCUGCUGUUUAACCAAGCUCUCUUUGAAGUGCCUUUAUUAAAGCUGUUGGCCGCACACUGCAUCGUCGGCUACCAACACAUGAUUCCUGAGAAUGCCCUGGAGGAGAUUACCAAGAAGCUGGAUCCCAAUCUGGUUAUUGCUGUGACUAAAGAGGAUGUUCAGCUCAAGUUGUCUCAGUUUCCUGCCUUAGAGCUUGAUAAAUUCCUGGAGGACGUGAGGAACGGCAUUUAUCCCAUGACAGCCUUCGGGGUACCCAGUCCCCAGCAGACUCGACUCAAAGCAGUCACAUCUCCUGUUGUCAUUCCUUUGGUCAAAACUCCCACACCUGAACCGGCAGAACUUGAGACACGACGGGUUAUUCAGAUGCAGUGUAACUUGGAAUCUGUUGAGGAGGGAGCAAAGUAUCAUCUCACAUUACUGCUGAAACUGGAAGAUAAACUAAACAGACAUCUAAGCUGUGACAUGUUACCUCAUGAAAGUGUUCAAGAUUUGGCUGAAGAGUUGGUGCAGCUGGGCCUGAUCUGUGAGGUGGACCAAAUAAAAAUCUCCUCACUGCUUGAAGAGACAUUUAGCCAAGCUCUUCAGUAGCACAUAUCACCAGGAGAACAUUUUCAGCCUUGUUACUUGCUCCUCGUGGAUGCACGGCAUUGAUUAUCAUAAAAAAAUAAAAAUAAAACUUUUAAAAGCACAAAACAUCCAGCGUAACCCCAGAUGACCCCAAAGAAACCAGCAGCUGUGAACUUUUCUGUUUUGCUACAGGCUAAGUAAUAAUUGCUCGGCGAGUUUAUCCCCAGCCUGGAAAACCUUUAAACCAUUGCUUUCUUCAAGUGUGCUUUGUUUACAUGAGGAGCUGCCUUGUUUGUUUGUUUGUUUCCAGGAGUUUGUCUAAAGCACCUUGGAGAUCUGAUGGUCUCCUACUCCAACCUGCUGGUGUUGUCCCUUUGUUUUAAUGGCAGCACCUGGACUCACUGACAAUCAGCAAAACUGUAGUUUCCCUAGAGACUAGUAUUCCCUUUCCAUGCACAAAAGAAUGAGCCAUGCUGCUCGUUUCCAUUUCAUUUUAUUCGGUUCUCAUUGUGUUUUUUUCUCAGUGUUUAUGCCUUUCUUUUGGAUCAUUCUGUGCUUUUUUUUUCUGAUAAAGCAAUUUCCUUUUAAGUUAUCCAUGUGGACACUUUGGUUAUCCGGAUGGCAGACAUGCAGCUUCUGUAGGUGACUUUAUCAGAAAAUAUUCAUAAUAUAAAAAGCCUUUAUGAAAUGAGAGAAGUUGGUGCAUUAUGGUAUUUACUUUUUAAAAAAUGCAUAACUUGCUUUGAGGUACUGUGAAUUUGGUGUCUUUAAAUUUCUGUUUGUUUUUAUAUUUAUGUUUUUUUCAGCCUGUCUAAAUGCUUCAAGGUUCUUUUUUUAUUAUUCAUAUAUAUAUUUUUGUUACUUCUGUUUACAGUUGCUGCUGUCUAAGUGGACCAGUUAGUUUUCCCUUUCUCAGCUGAAAAAUUGUGUAGUGAACCAUGGUGUAAUAAUUUGUUACAGAAAGGUCUUUGCUCCAUUGCUGUGUUUUAUAAGAAAAACAGGUACUUUAUUUCAAUUGGUGUUUCCAUAUUUUCCUUUUACAUACAGCUGCCCUGUUGUGGGUCUGAGCCAACAAAAUACUUUAGUUUUUAAUUAGGUACAACUAAAAGCUGACGUACUAUAGGUCAUAGGUAGACUGACAUUUAUACUGGCCUUUUUGAGUAAAUCAGGGUUUCUUUUUCUUAAAGGUCAAAAAUGUCUAAAAACUAAGCAUAUAGCAAGACUACAAAGAAUUACUGGUAUUUUUGUUGAACUUUGUUCCAUAAUUUGAUCCCUUUUAUAUCCUCCUCUUAACAUUUUCAUGAACUCUUUAAUUAAGAGUUUUAUUUAUCAAGCCGAUAAAUAAAGGUCGAGCUCCACUAGGUCCUGUUUCACAUUUAUUCCACGUACUGUCUGCUCUAUGCUUUAUGUUGUCAGUCUUGGUGCAUUACUUGUCAAUGUCUUUUUUUAUUAUUAUCUUCUAUCAUUGUGAACUUCUAAGAUUGUAUUUUCCCAAAAGUUGCCCGAGUCAACCAGGAGAAUGUAAAUGGGCCACCUCAGAGCACAGAAGUGGUUCAGAAUUCAGUCUAUAUUGACUGUCUGCUACCUGUCUUAACUGUAAUUCUUUUUCACCCCAUUCAUUAGCGGUGAUUAAACUGGUUAUUAGAUAAUCAAACAUUUUUUGCAGCUUUAGUCUGUUACUCCAUGAUGUGAGCUUUUGCUUAUAUGUAGGUAUUUUAAAGGAUUGUAUAUGACACAGAUGUCAGUAAACGUGUGCCUUUUUGAUGCUUAUAUUCUGUCAUAAUUGUAGAAAAAAACUUCAUUAAUAAAGAUGAG